AUGGCUGGCAUGGACGAGGAUCAUGAAGGCAGUGCUGACGCCAGUCGUCCAGAUUCAUGGAUUGAAAUCUCAUCUCAACCCUCGUCGUCGUCGCUCUCCUCUGCCGCCGACGAGAUCGUAACCACAGGCCUUCGUGUUCAUCAGAUGCCAGCCUCAUACCGCCGAAGACGCCAAAGACCUGGUCGACCCUCGCGACUCAACAUCGCCAGUCGUGCCGGAAGUGCCGGCGCUGCCAGCAGUCAAGAAGAAUACGAAGAGAGCGAGAGCGACGACGAUCAUGUCAUGACUUCGUCUGGUGAAGGGCUCAGACUACCAGCCACGCACGUCAGAGAUGCCAUGGUCGAGUCUUCGGACGAUGACGAGAACAGAACAGCCGUCAACUAUCCCAUCAACAACGACAACGUCUUUACACCUCAGCCGAAUGCUUUCUCUCAUCCCUCAAGUCACUCUGCCAGACGCGCCAGUCAGCCCGUCCCAGGCUCAUACUUUCCCGCUCAACCCGAACGUCGUCACUCGGCCAGGCACUCGUACCCUUCUCGUGCAGAAGCCAGAGUUCAACACUCGCCCUUCAACAUGCUGUCCCCGAACCACAACGCUGCCGCUGAUCAUGAAGCUGCUCUCCGUGCCAGUCUCUCCACUCUGCAGUCUUUUGCUGCCGCUGCUCGUGGUCUGCCAAAGUCAAACACUCGCACUACAGCUGAUGCCGCUCCUCCGGCCUCGAACAGGAUUCAGCCAAACACACUGCGCAUGGUGCCUGCCUCUGCUCUCGAGAACAACUCACCUCUCUUAGCUCCAGUCACUGAACCGACGUUUAAGCCAACCAUUCGCCGUACCUCUACCUCCACCUCCGCUUCUGCCGAAUGUCGUUCUACCAAAUCGGAGGGCAAACGGAAAGGUACCUCUGGUCGCGGCUCAUCCAAGGAACGAAGACUGAUCAAGAAACGCCGUAACUCUGGCGCUAUCUACACUGCCGACGACAUGACUGUCAGCCCGACGCUCUUCACAUGGGUCGUCAGCGUGGGCGUGGUAGUUGUGUUCAGCGCCAUCAGCUUCUCCGCUGGUUACUCCAUGGGCAAAGAAGCUGGCAGGUUUGAAGCUGGUAUGACUGGUACUAGCGACGGAGCUACAGCAUGCGCACGAGAAGCCGGCAAGAGCGGUCUGGGAUUUAGAAAGUCCAAGUUGUUCAGCAUUGCCUCGAGCGUUGGUGUUGGUGCCUAA